GCAACAUAUCAGAGGGCUUAAGCACGACAGUCCCAGAGGCUGGGGGGCAGUAUCGUACAGUGUUCAUCUGACAACUGUUAACGCCCACCCUCUGGGUAGCAGACUAAGAACGAAACGGGCGCGACAUUUCAAUAUCAUUUGACCUCGUUCGUUCACAUUUUGUAUAACGUUAGCACGAGCCGGACGCUGUGUUGGUGUGCAUGCAGCAGAAUGGGGCUGGCGAGACAUCUAACGGAGAACCAUCGGCGCUCUCCUUUCGAACACCUAGCCCGCUCCCCAUGGCUACAUCACGGGUAAGACGGUUUGCUCAGGAGGGGCGAGCGGUCCCUCAGCCAAGAGUGAUGGUGGUAUUUUCUCCGGCGAGCGAGACUGAUAACCAAGAGGAUGCUGCUAUGUCGAACACAGAGUGCGAGGGCGAUGAAUACAGAAAACCAGCCAUAACCGCACCUAGUCUGAACCUGGGCAAACCUCUUCGCACAUUCAGCCCAGCACAGGAGUUUCCUGAGGUCGUCCCUCUAAAUGUGGGUGGUACACACUUUACCACUCGCCUGUCCACCCUGCAGCGUUACGAGGACACCAUGCUGGCUGCAAUGUUCAGUGGACGACAUCACAUCCCGCGUGAUGCCGAGGGCCGCUUCUUUAUUGACCGGGAUGGGAAAUAUUUUGGGGAUAUUCUCAAUUUCCUGAGAGAGGGGGAGUUACCAAAAAGAGACAGAGUUCGCGCUGUGUAUAGAGAGGCCCAGUACUAUGCCCUCGGACCACUGUUGGAAAGCCUAGAGGAUAUUCAGCCGCUCACUGGGGAGAAGGUCCGCCAGGCCUUCCUUGACCUCCUGCCUUACUACAGAGAGAACCUGGAGCGCAUAGUGGAGAUUGCCAAAUUGCGUGCCAUGCAGAGGAAGGCUCGUUUCGCCAAGCUCAAGGUAUGCGUCUACAAGGAGGAAAUGCCCAUCACCCCAUACGAGCGACCACUCUUCAACUCGCUGCGGUUCGAGCGCACGGAGAGCGAGGCCAAGCUCUUCGAGCACCACUGCGAGGUGGACGUGUCGUUCGGGCCGUGGGAGGCCGUGGCCGAUGUCUACGACCUGCUCCACUGCAUCGUCAGUGACCUGGGCGAGAGGGGCAUCACCGUGGACCAGCAGUGCAUCGGCGUGUGUGACAAGCACCUCAUCAACCACUACUACUGCAAGAGGCCUAUCUACGAAUUCAAGAUCACUUGGUGGUGAGAGAGAGGUUGAGGAGGGGAACUUGGAUCUUUACUCUUGUGGCUUUAGGUGUGCCUCUAUAAGCAGGACGUCAUCAGGGUCUGCACGCCCUCUGGACUCUGUGCAAGGAAUUCUAGUAGCGCUACGCUUUAAGAGAGGAGCUGGCUGACCUGUUUGUAUCUCCUCAUUAUUUAGUCUUUUAAAUGGCAAUAGCAAGCUUCCUUUUUCCCUGGAGGAGUUGGGACAUUAGUAACAUUGUGUUUGGAAGCCCCUACAGUUUCAUCUAUCUUACUGUUUUCUGUUUGAUCUUUAAAACGGUGUUUUUAUCUUCCUCCAUGUAUUGUGGAUUACAAUGGUCAUCUGAAAGUCUGUGAUUGUGAAAUGGUAUCGUGUUAACUGAAGAUGACUUUCUGAUCUGAUACAUGUCUAUAUUGUGCAAUCUAUAAAAUUAGUAGAGAAAUCAUUCCUAACUGGAUGCAAUCAAGAAAACUGGUUAAUUGUGUUUAUGUACAUUUAUAUUUUUGUAACCUGUUCUAUAUAUUAAUUUUGAGAUGAACGUCAUGCUAGAACUAUAAACCACUUUGCUCAGUCUUUCUGUGCUAAGUGCAGUUAAAGAUAUUUUCACAUUUCGCCAAUUUCAGGGAAAAUACAUACUGGUAUUAAAUAAUUGAAAAUACUGAAAUAUUGAGGGCUUUAAAAUGAAUUGUAUCCAUGGAUAGUAGAAUUAUAAUUUAAUUUCUCCCUGAACUCUGUUCUACCUCUAAAAUGUAUGGGACAAGAAUUAAGAGAUAAA